AGUGUGUGUGUGUUUUUUUUUUUUUUAAAGGUCUGAGCAAAGAUUUCUAAUUUUCAUUUUCACUUAUGACGUAUUGUGAGGUGGCUUCGUUAAGUUCAAUUCUCAUAGAAAAGGCCUUUUAAAAAAAAUGACAUUUCUUUUUGACUUUCUAGAUAUUUUGUGUCAAGCUAAAGUUUAAAAGUCAAUGAAGUGUCAUAAGUGUAUACAAACUAGUCCCGAUUGUGAAAGUGAAUACAUAAAUUGUUGCUGACUGAGGAUACAAAAUAUUUUCCCUUUCACACUACAUACAAACUGGGACGUUACUGGUCUUAAAACAAUGAUUAUUAUUUUGAACUGAUGACAGCUCAUGGUCAUGAUGUUGAAUUGGUCAGCCCCAUGGAAAGCGUGUCGAGUGUUAAUGCUCAUGCUUUGAUGAUAGAAACGUGUAUCAGCGCAAAGAAUCUUCCGAUUUAAAACAAAACAAAAAAAGGGCGUCGUCAGUCUCGGUUUCUGGAUCAUAUCCGCCAUAUUAAUUUAAUAGGGCGGAGCCUCGCCCACAUCUCCGUUCCAUUGGUCGUUGUGACGUCACUGGCAAAUCGGAAGCGCCUCCGGGAAGUCGAGCGCGAGUCCGCAGCGCCGCAGCUAGCUUUAGCCGUUAGCUGGCAGAAGUUUGCGACAUGGCUCUCGGCGACUGCUGGAAGAAUUUGUCGUGGUUCUACCGCCAGUACCUUCUGGUGACGGCUCUUUACAUGCUGGAGCCGUGGGAGAGGACCGUCUUUAACUCUCUGCUGGUCAGCGUGGCGGCCAUGGCGGUGUACACGGGCUACGUGUUCAUGCCGCAGCACAUCAUGGCCAUCCUGCGCUACUUCCAGAUGGUCCAGUGACGGCCACGGCCACGUCCACGGCGGCGUUUCAGCCUCGAGCAACGUGGACGCUUUGGGUGGAGCCUCCCUCGGAAGGAAACUUUCAACUUUUUCUUCCCUCCAUUAAAGUUGGGGGAUGUCGUCGUCUUUCGUCCCAGUUGUUUGUAUUUAUUGCACAAAUAAAGGUCGCUCAUCCUCCCCAA